GGUUUUCUUGGCUAUAACCUUGGCAGAAGCAGAUCGCGAGGCGUGUCUUCUGCAGUGCCACUGGGUGAGUUCAGUCUGCCAACCACUAGGUUAGUAGUUGAGCACAAACUGUUUGUGCCAUCCAGGGACCCAAGCUCACCAGACCCUCUGAGAAAAAGAAACCUUACCUGAGCUUUGUGUUUGUAGGGUAAUCUUGUAUUUUUCUCUAAGUCAGAGUUUGUCAGCUUUGGAACGGUUGACAAGGAAUGACAGAACAUCACUCCUUGCUGUGGGGGCCAACCAGCGCACUGAUACGGAGCAGUGUUCCUGCCCACCACCCACUUGACGCCGGUAGACCAAACCAAACCUGUUGCCAACAAGUUGAUUCUGACUUAUGGCGACCCCAUGUGAGUCAGAGUAGCACUACUCCACAGAAUGUUCUUGGCUGUAAUCUUUACGGAAGGAGAUCUCUGAUACUUACUUUGUUUGAGCUGCUAUGGGUUCAAACCACUAACCUGUAGGUUAACAGCCAAGUGCUUAACCAUUGUACCACCAGGGUUCCUUUGGAAAUGAUAUUGCAUCGCCCAACACUGACACAGGGCUUUAGAUGUGAUGAACUGUUCUCACGUACAUCACUGCACACGAGCUUGACCCUGCCCUGUUUUGCCGAUUAAUCCCAACAAGCUUUUAGCAACUGGAGGCCUCGGCUCCACUCUUGGAUCUGGGAGCUCCAUUUGCAGGUGUGAAAUGAAGGCUCUUUGGAGGUGACACCUGUGUGUUUUUGGGUUUCUUUUGAACAUGGAGAUGAACCCUGGGCUUUACGGGGCAACAUGCUGACGGCAGGGCCUGCCUUAAGAAGAAAAAAACAGAGUCUACCCACCAGGCCCUGAGGAGGGAGGCUGACCAUUGCCACAGCGCCUGCCUCUCACUGUUCUUUUUCCGAACCCUUUCUCCUCAGUUUACAAGGCACUUGGCAAGCCCCUCCAUUGAAAGAAACACCUAUGCAGUGCUUCCUGCAGCUGAUUUUUACCUUCCCAGCUCAAAUCCUCUGGAGUCCCUGGGUGGAGCAAACAGAGAACUCACACAACCAUAGCGACUAUGCGGACGACUUCAAGCAGCAGGCGCUCUCUAAGGAGGACAAGCCCCAGGUACCCCUGGAGUCAGAUUCUGUGGAGUUCAACAAUGCCAUCAGCUAUGUGAACAAGAUCAAGACUCGCUUCCUGGACCACCCGGAGAUCUACCGGUCGUUCCUGGAGAUACUGCACACUUACCAGAAAGUUGGAGGUUCUUGUCCACCCAGAAGUACCUUGGAAGAAAGGCCUGACAAUCUACUUCCGAAAAAUCAGCCAUUGAAAACCCUAUGGAGGACAGUUGCGCUCUGCACGCAUGGGAUCGCUAAGGAGCAGCUGAGCACAAAGGGCCGGCCGUUCCGCGGCAUGUCCGAGGAGGAGGUCUUCACAGAAGUGGCCAACCUCUUCCGGGGCCAGGAAGACCUGCUCUCCGAGUUUGGCCAGUUCCUGCCCGAGGCAAAGCGGUCCCUGUUCACAGGAAACGGGCCAUGCGGGAUGAACAGUGCCCCAAAGGGUGAGCCCGAGAAGAUUCCAGAACACAGCAAGAAGCGCACCCGGCCCUCUCUGCUCCGUCCUGUGUCUGGGCCGGCCAAGAAGAAGAUGAAGCUCCGCGGGACCAAGGACCUGUCCAUCGCCGCCGUGGGCAAGUACGGGACCCUACAGGAGUUCUCCUUCUUUGACAAGGUGCGCCGGGUGCUGAAGAGCCAGGAGGUCUAUGAGAACUUCCUCCGCUGCAUCGCGCUCUUCAACCAGGAGCUUGUGUCUGGCUCUGAGCUCCUGCAGCUGGUCAGCCCGUUCCUGGGCUUUGGCCUGGUGUGCUCACCCCAUGGGCAGCUGAGUGUGGUGGCCAGAGGACUGCCACCAGCUGACAUCGUGCUGGAACAGGGCACGUUGGCUCAAGUGCCUCGCAGACGUCCUCUACUCAAGUUGUUGUGGCUUUCGUCCCUUUUGUGUACAGAGAAGUUUCCAGAACUCUUUGCCCAAUUCAAGUCCUUCCUGGGAGUGAAGGAGUUGUCCUUUGCCCCGCCCCUGAGCGACCGGUCUGGGGAUGGGAUCAGCCGAGAGAUUGACUAUGCAUCCUGCAAGCGCAUUGGGUCCAGUUACCGGGCACUGCCCAAGACCUACCAGCAGCCCAAGUGCAGCGGGAGGACAGCCAUAUGCAAGGAGGUGCUGAACGACACCUGGGUCUCCUUCCCCUCCUGGUCCGAGGACUCGACCUUCGUCAGCUCCAAGAAGACGCCCUAUGAGGAACAGCUGCACCGCUGCGAGGACGAGCGCUUCGAGCUGGACGUCGUCCUGGAGACCAACCUGGCCACGAUCCGCGUGCUGGAGAGUGUGCAGAAGAAGCUGUCGCGCAUGGCCCCUGAGGACCAGGACAAGUUCCGUCUGGACGACUGCCUGGGUGGAGCCUCCGAAGUCAUCCAGCGGCGUGCCAUCUACCGCAUCUAUGGUGACAAGGCCCCCGAGAUCAUUGAGAGCCUCAAGAAGAACCCCGCCACCGCCGUGCCUGUCGUCCUCAAGAGGCUGAAAGCUAAGGAGGAAGAGUGGCGGGAGGCACAGCGUGGCUUCAACAAGGUGUGGCGGGAGCAGUACGAGAAGGCCUACCUCAAGUCGCUUGACCACCAGGCCGUGAACUUCAAGCAGAACGACACCAAAGCCCUGCGCUCCAAGAGUCUGCUCAACGAGAUCGAGAGCGUCUACGACGAGCACCAGGAGCAGCACUCAGAGGGCCGUAGCGCCCCCGCCAGUGAGCCCCACCUCAUCUUCGUCUACGAGGACCGGCAGAUCCUGGAGGACGCGGCAGCCCUGGUCAGCUACUAUGUGGCGCGACAGCCAGCCAUCCAGAAGGAGGACCAGGCCACCAUCCAGCAGCUGCUGCACCAGUUCGUGCCCAGCCUCUUCUUCUCGCAGCCGCUGGACCCUGGCGCCUCUGAGGAGUCUGCUGAUGAGGACCGCGAGGGUGCCCGGGGCCCAGGCACAGAGCCCAGUGAGCAUAAGCGGCCGGGGGUUCCCAGCGGCCCCCCAGAGCAGAAGGGGCCCCCUGGGGACGGUCUGGCGGCUGGGCCACAGCCCACACCCCUGGACGAUGUCUACAGUCUCUUCUUUGCCAACAACAACUGGUACUUCUUCCUGCGCCUGCAUCAAACGCUGUGUGCGCGGCUGCUCAAGCUCUACCGCCAGGCGCAGAAGCAGCUGCUAGAGUACCGGGCUGAGAAGGAGCGUGAGCAGCUGCUGUGCGAGGGCCGGCGUGAGCGGGGCGGCGACCCCGCCAUGGAGCUGCGGCUGAAGCAGCCCAGUGAGGUGGAGCUGGAGGAGUACUACCCAGCCUUCCUGGACAUGGUCCGCAGCCUGCUGGAGGGGAACAUUGACCCCACACAGUAUGAGGACACCUUGCGUGAGAUGUUCACCAUCCAUGCCUACAUUGGUUUCACCAUGGACAAACUGGUACAGAACAUUGCGCGGCAGCUGCACCACCUGGUGAGUGAUGACGUGUGUCUGAAGGUGGUGGAGCUCUACCUGAAUGAGAAGAAGCGAGGGGCUGCUGGUGGGAACCUGUCCUCACGAUGUGUUCGUGCCGCUCGAGAGACCAGCUACCAGUGGAGGGCGGAACGGUGCAUGGCUGAUGAGAACUGCUUCAAGGUGAUGUUCCUCCAGCGCAAAGGGCAGGUGAUCAUGACCAUCGAGCUCCUGGACACCGAGGAGGCCCAGACGGACGACCCCGUGGAGGUGCAGCACCUGUCAAGCUACGUGGAGCAGUAUGUGGGCACGGAGGGCACUGCCAGCUCACCGAGCGAGGGCUUCCUGCUGAAGCCAGUGUUCCUGCAGAGGAACCUCAGGAAGUUCCGACGGUGGCAGUGUGCACAGGUGCGGGCGCUGCGUGGCGAGGCCAAGGGCACGUGGAAGCGGCUGGUGGGUGUGGAGAGUGCCUGCAGCGUGGACUGCCGCUUCCGGCUCAGCACCCACAAGAUGAUGUUCAUCGUCAACUCAGAGGACUACAUGUACCGCCGUGGCGCCCUCGGCCGUGCCAAGCAGGUGCAGCCCCUGGUGCUGCUGCGACACCACCAGCACUUUGAGGCAUGGCACGGGCGCUGGCUGGAGGACCACGUGCCAGUGGAGGCGGCCAGCCUGGUGCAGGACUGGCUGAUGGGUGAGGAGGAUGAGGACCUGGUGCCGUGCAAGACGCUGUGUGAGACAGUGCGCGUGCAUGGGCUCCCCGUGACUCGCUACCGCGUGCAGUACAGCCGGCGCCCUGCCUCUCCCUGAUGUCCCCCUGGGACACACCACCCAGGUGUCUCCACAGUGACGUGCCCUGACCUGGGGCCCAGCCUAUGCCAAACCGACCUGCCUGCUCCCAAGCACCCGGAGGGGCCCCAUCCCGGGAAUGCUGGGGUGACUGCCUUGCGAGGAUGAGAUCCCAGAGUGGCUGCAGGGCUGGGCAGGGCACCAUGCGGGGUCUUCAGACUCUGCGAGCAGCCAGAGUCCCCAGUCACAAGCCAAGAUGUAGGGGAGGGUGGCAGCACAGACUCCCAGCAGCUGGCCUGCUGUGCCCAGCAGCCCAAACUUCCAGAAGAUCCAUCCUCCAUGGGAGAGAAGCCAGACCAGGGGUUCUGCCAUCAUCCCUGCUCCAUGGUGUACUUAAAGUGGAUCUUCUAGAAGGACUCUUACGAGCACACACAUAUUUAUUCUUUCAUGCUUUCCUGGCGGUGUGGCUUCUGUGGCAGCCCAGCCCUCCAGCGUCUUGUUAGUGAAAGCUCUUGGCAACUCUGUUUGCCCAUCCUGCCGCCCCCUCCUGCAGGCCUUGUCCUCUGAGGAGGGGGUGCCCAGCUGCUCCUAUGGGCUCAUUGUUCUCCCCCAUGAGGGUGUGGGCCUGAAAGGCUCCAGCCACGCUUGUGCAGACGUCCAAGUCUCGGUGCCAAGAACCCCACGCGAUGGAGUUGGCACCAGCUCCUUGUGAACGUCUUGCACCAUCGUGCUGGAGUUCGCUUCCCCAGCACUCAACCUCCCACAGCAGAGCUGUGCCAAAUUUGUGGUUUCGCAAAGCGGAGACAUGUUUCUAGAAGUUUCCUGUGGAACUUGUGAUGCCUUUGACUCGAGGCCCAGGCGGUUCCAAGGCCAGUGUGUUCCUGCCCGGGAUCUCGUUGGCCCUGUUUUUCCGAGUGUGGUCAGGCACUUUGUUAGCACCCUGGUUUUAUAAGAAGGGAGUUUAUCACCAGAAUUCUGAACCAGCCCCUCCCCUGGCUGUGCCCUUGCUGGGCCUCCUCUUCGGUCUGUCCAUCUGUCUCUGACGGAGCUGAGGGGACAGGGCAGGCGGGCAUGGGGCACCCCACCCUGCAUGCUUCCAGGGGCAUCUGCUCCUCCUGGACACUUUCCGUCCUGGGGCUUAUACUUUCUUUGCAGCUGUUUUGAAUGUACAUUUCCUUUUCUAUUUAUUUGCACAUUAAAGUUAAAAAUUAAAUAUUGAUGUAAAGCCAAAAGGCUCUGCCAGUUAUUUUCUGUAAGCAAGUCCAGUGAGCCUGCACGCACCACAGCCCCCAAGGCCUGUCAGGGGGGCCCAUACACCUGGGCCCAUACAGCCCUCACUGCUCUGGGGUGGGGUCCCAUUUUCCAAGGCCCCAGAGAAUGGAAGUGGCCCUUUGGAUGGCAGAGCCCAGCUACCCCCAAAGGUGGUCUUGCCCGAAUGCCUCUCCACUGUCCCCAGGGCAUAUCCCUCCACACAUACCUUCCAUUCAUAAGGAGCCAUGGGAGUGUUUUCUAGAACAUUCCCACAUUCAGUAGGGUUGACAAGAGUUCCUUCUGUCCAGGUGUUAGGUCUGUGAAUCCUGGUUUACCACUGUGGGGUUUUCCUGAGCUUCUCCGGGCUGGGCAUGACCCCCCACACCAGCCCUGUGCGUCCACACUUGUCUUAGUCAUCCGGUGCAGCUAUAACAGAAAUACCACAAGUGGAUGGCUUCAACAAACACAAGUUUAU